GCUUCAUUUGAACUCAUUCCUUUGAAGUUAAUGUUGAGGUAACGGUCCCUUCUAUAGGCGUAGUCUCAGCUUAUAAACUCAAAUACACACAUCUCAAAAUGGCAAGUCAAGAUGAAAUUUAUGAUGAAUCGGAUAUUAAGGACCAGGAGAUCGGGAUGUCUGCUAGGCUGGGCAAUCCCGAGAUCCCGGAUGUCCAGGAGCCCGAGCCCGACCCGCCGCAACCACGAAUUCGGCAAUUCUACACUGCCACCCGGGUUUUUAAUAUAUUACUCAUAGUUGGCAGUUUACUUUCUGGAUGGAUUUCGUAUGGAUUAAUGCCAGUUGGGAAGUUUCUAAACAAAGAAUGCGAUACAAAUUUAGAAGUAUGGAAGAAGAGAUUCAUGAUCCUGCAAGUAAUCGGCACACUUAUAGCUCUCGCUCAAUUCGUUAACAUAGCCUAUCAACUGAAAGCGAACGGGUUCGAUAUGUACAAACUUGAAGAACCAUUGAAUUAUGUGGACGGCCGAUCGGAAGUACUGUUUGUUCUCCUUUUGGUUUUCUUGCCUCAAAUGUCCAUUAUGACGGAAUUGGAUUCCAGAUGUCGAUUAAAUACAACCUCUACUGAUGCCCAGUAUUGCGGCGAUACUGCCAACGUACCACGACCUGAAGCGUACGAGAAAAUCCGUGAUUCUGCUGACGUUAAUGCACGAAUAGCAUACGCAAUACUAGGAUUCCUCAGCAUUCACUUCCGGUUUAUUUUCAGUAGAGCUUUGCCGAGAUUUGGCAAAAAAGGAGUGACGGAUGAUUUUAAAGCUUACAAGUUGAAGAAAACCAUGCUUUUAAAAAUAAUUCUCUUUCUAGACAAAAAGAUUCCACGCAUCCUUAAGUUCGUGGGACUGGAUUUCAUUUGCAUAUGCCGAAAGUUAGUAUUAUACAUAUGUAGCAGUAAGAGUAUAUAA